AUGAUACACUUCAUCCUCCUCCAGAACCGCAUGGGCAAGACGCGGCUCGCCAAGUUCUACGUCCCCUGCGACGACAAUGAGAGGGAACGAAUAAAGCGGGAGGUGCACGCAAUCAUCAACAGCCGCGACGCUCGCCUGUCAAAUUUUGUCUCGUACGGCUCACUGAAGCUUGUCUACCGCCGCUACGCAGGGCUGUUCUUCUGCUUCGGCAUUGAGGAGGAUGACAACGACCUCCUCUACCUCGAGUUUAUUCACCUGAUGGUGGAGGUGCUAGAUAUGUUCUUCAAGGAUGUUUGCGAGCUCGACCUUGUGUUCAACUUUCACAAGGUGUAUCUGAUCAUUGACGAGAUGAUAUUGACGGGGGAGGUGGAGGAGGUGUCACGCGCCGUCAUUCUCGACCGCCUCAACAAGCUUGAUAUCACUAACACGUGA